AUGGUCUGUUUUGGAGAGGUGCUUGAGAUCCUAACUACAAAUGUUACUUCACGCGUGAAACAGGAUGCAGAAAUCUCAACGUGCUCCAACUUGAAUGAAACAUGCUGUUCAAAGGAAUCGGACAUAUCUGCUUGUGGACAUACCGAUGAUGUCAAAACCGUUCCAUUCACACCAGAUGAGAAAGAGCUAGGCGAGGCAAGAAGCCAAGACCUCAUCGGAUGGUCACUGAGAAAGCGAAAGAAUAUUUCUCCACGAAAUAGGUAUAGAGAUAUGAGAUACUGGUUCUCCCUCUCUGUCACAUGUUUGACUAAUGGUUCAAAAAAGAGGCCUAAAAUUUGGCUGAUGCAUGUGAUCCGUAUUCCAUUCAACCAGCAAAUCAAGAACUUUGAGAGCAGUCUUGAACAGAUUAAAAGCAGUAGUGGUGCACAAGAUGUGAGCAAGGAUCUGUCUAAGUCCAUCUUCUUUGUUGGAAUGGGUAGUAAUGACUACCUCAACAACUGCCUCAUGCCUAAUUACGAUACCAAGGAUCACUACAAUCCUCAGCAGUUUGCAGAUCUCUUGGUGCAGCAAUACUCUCAGCAGCUCACUAAUCUGUACAAUCUUGGAGCUAGGAAAUUUGUGAUAGGAGGGAUUGGACUAAUGGGAUGCAUUCCAAGCAUUUUGGCACAGAGCAGCAAUGGAGUCUGCUCAGAUGAAGUCAACCAGCUUGUUCAGCCCUUCAACUUGAACACAAAGACCAUGGUCAACAAUCUUAUUACUACAAAACCAGGAUCUGUUUUUACUUACAUCGACAUUGGGAAUAUGUUUCAAGAUCUCAUCUCCAAUGCAGGAUCAUAUGGAUUUAGUGUUCUAAACGAAGGUUGCUGCAGGAUUGGGAAGAACAGUGGGCAGAUCACCUGUCUUCCUUUCCAGACACCAUGCCCUGAUAGGAGCAAGUACAUAUUCUGGGAUGCAUUCCACCCGACAGAAGCCGUUAACGUCUUGUUUGGACAUAAGGCUUUCAAUGGGAGCAGUAACUUUGCCUAUCCCUUCAGCAUACAGCAACUUGCUAACUUUUGAUUUUGCUCUAGUCUUCUAAUGUACUUUCUUCUUUGUAUUAGCUGUUGUUGUUUGGUUUAGCUGUAUGAAAUCAAGUUUGUAAGAGCAGACAUAUUGUUAAAUGAAUCAAGAAUCUAAGUCGGUUAAA